AUGAAAGUUAAUGGAGAUCUAGAAUUUGGCCGUUUGAAAAAUUUAAAUUAUUCAGGUUGUGUCAUUGGGGUACAUUCAUUUGCUGGUAUUGUUCUAUUCUCAAUUGAAACGCAACAGACCAUUGGCUAUGGCACUCGUUCCGUAAAUGAGAAUUGUCAUUUUGGCGUAUUUUUAAUUAUGGUACAAUCGAGUAUCGGUGUGUUGAUUCAAAGUUUUGUGGUUGGUCUAGUAUUUGCAAAAAUAUCCCGUCCGAGAUUACGUGCUGAAACAUUAUUGUGGUCAAAGCACGCUAUUAUGUGUCUAAGAGAUGGUUCAUACACAUUACAAUGUCGCGUAGGUGAUAUGAGAAAAUCAUUUCUUGUCGAAGCACAUGUGCGAAUGUAUAUGAUUAAAAAACGUAUAACAAAAGAAGGCGAGGAAAUCCCUCUAAACACUUAUGAUAUGAAUGUGGGAUACGAUACUGGUACGGAUCGUAUAUUUCUAAUUCGACCAUUGAUUAUUCAACAUACUAUUAACGAAAAAUCACCAUUGUGGAAUAUGAGCAAAGACGAUUUGAUGAAGGAACGUUUCGAAAUUGUUGUAUUGCUGGAAGGAGUAGUAGAAGCAACCGGAAUGACAACUCAAGCACGUAUUUCUUAUUUGCCAUCCGAAGUCAUUUGGGGUUGUAGAUUUGAGAGUUUAGUGACAUUUGAAAAAGGUCGCGGACAAUAUCGAGUGGAUUAUACAAAAUUUAAUCAUAUAUAUUCAGUUCAAAUGCCUAAUGUCAGCGCAAAAGAGAUGAGCAAACAAAACAGAGAAACAGAUCUGACUACUGAAGCGCACGACACUGAAUGA